UAAGGUUCCGUCUAAAAAUAGAAAGUGAAAAAGCAAGUAUGAAGUUUGUAAUCCCAGCUCAAUUCAAUACAACAACUUAAGCCUUUGGGCUUUGACGCAGAAACUCGCCCAGAGAUAUGUAAUAAAUACAAUUCUGUAGAAGAAUAUAUUGCCUGUCUCCCGAGAAGUCACUUGGUUGAGGAGUUAAUCCUCAAUCUAGAGAAACUCGGUUCGAGACCCGGCACCGAGAGAAAGAAGAAGAGAGAAAGAAGCAAAUAUGAGGUAUUCCAAAAUACCUCUCUUUUGCUGCUCUCCUCUCCUCUGCUUGCGUAGCGUCUUUAAUCCCUUUCUCGCUCUCUUCAUCUUUUGUAUACCAUUCUUCUCUUCCUCACGGAUACUGGUUUCUUCAUUCAAUCAUUUUUUGAGUGUAUAUGGUAAUGCUGCUGAUAAUGAGAGGAUGGAAUGAAUGAAUGCAGGCCAACCAUGCAUGUUAUUUGAUCAUGUUAGGCAGAGUGGGGAUGGAUGAUGGAGAAUUAACUAUUGCAGUAUGCUAUUGGUGUGAUAUGCAGUUUGACAUUAAGUAUGCUUAUUUUACUUUACAAUCUAUUGAUUACCGAUAUCCUACGAGUCAAGUGAUGUUUGAGAAAUUGCGCAAAGAGAUAGAUUUGAGUAGUGUAAAUAGGAACCACUUUAUAUAGUAUAUACCUCAGGAAUCUGGUUUGAAGUAAAUUGGGCCUAUAUAGUGUUACUAGAUUUCUUUACGCCACCUACUAGUACCCCUGUGACCUUAUUCUGAUUUUGCUUCAUUUGAUGAGUUCUAGUGUUAUGCUUUUAUGAGUUAUCAAUUGGAAAAGUUGAUUUGUUUCCAUCAGAUGCUAAUGUUAUAGAUGCUGUUGUAUAUUUUGGAUACAUGGUGAAUUUUACCUUGUGUCUGAAUUUAUUUACAAUGUUCUUUUUUUGUUUUAGGAUUUGUAUAAUGAAUUGUUUUAAUUAGGUCCAUGUUGCUUUAGGGGCAACUUGUGGUGUUGGUAUUUAAAUAAUCUUAUGAUCUUCUUUAUAGAAGCUGAGGAGCCCAAGGCCCAACAGAUUCAGUGAGGAAAUUUACAUCACAACUUAAUUCUUGUGAUCUUUUUUUAAUAAUCUUAUGUAAGUUAAUGUAAUAUGCACUUUUCACAUGGAACUUUCGCUUAUUGUGUCACGAAAAUGUGGUUUCACUUGAAAAAUGUUAGAUUGUAAAUAUACUUGUAUCAUUGAACUUCUUGGAGAAAGUGGUAGCUCUGUGUUUAACUUCUAGGAUGAACUGCAAGCAAAUUAAUUAUGUGUAUCAGUUGUGAAGGAAAGUAGCCCAUGCAUUUUUCUGCACCUUCUAGUUUGAUGAGCAACAAUUCUUUUUUAACUUCUCUAAUCUGUUUCUUUUCUCUAAUCUGUAUCUUUAUGUUUUAUAGAACCAAGAUAACUAAUGAUGGUAACCUUCCAACGCCUGCAACUUCAGAGCGUACAGUUUCUACCCCUUCACCCGCAGUCUCUAACAGUGCAAUGUUACCUACUCAAACUAAGAAGCGUAAGAACCAUUCAGAGUCAUGGAAUCAUUUCAGAUUAGUGUGUGACAUAGAAAAGAAAGCUGCAUGCCAUUGUUAGGGUAAAAAAAUCAAGUAUGAUAAUGGAACUAGUUUUGUGCGUCCUCAUCUCAAUAAAUGCUGUGAUUACAAGAGGCAAAGAUUGUAAUCUUCAAUGACAAGUGCGGAAGGACAUGUGAAUUCUCCUUUAGUUGCCAAGUGUGACGAAGAGGCAAUUCGAAGAGCAAUGGUGAAGAUGUUCACAUGCUGUGUGGUACGUUAGAUCUUCUCCUGUGAAACUUGUUAAAUUCAUGGAAUUAUUGAUGAGAGCAUUGACUAUAGAGGCCCAAUUUGCCUAGAUGUUGAGACUCUUUGUACUCAACAUAUAUAAUGUUAGUAGCUGCACUGAAACAUGAAAAAACCUUUGAAGAGUUAAGUUUUCAAGAUCAAAAGUAUGUGAAUGAGUUGACAAAGAAGGGAAAAGGUGUCCCGACGCAAGAGCUUAAUUCUUAAAUGUUUAGACCUCCUUAAAUUAAUAAAUCCAUAUCAGGCAUUUUAUGUGAAGUUUGUCAUUAUUACUUAUAAGUUUUAUAGGUGCUUGUAGAUCAUAUAUUCUAUAAUUUCUAGUUCUAGCUGAUUCUUUUUACCCCUUCCGUGUGUGGAUUGAAAUUACAAGACUCUUAGGGGUCAUUUACUUUAUGAAAACAUAAAUUUUAUGUUUUCAUUCUCUAAAAUAUGUUUAUUUUAACUUGCUAAUAAGAAAACGUGUGACUCAUAAAAUGAACAAUUUUGAUGGAAACAAGAAGAAAGGGUAGUUAGAGAUGAUGCAUUUUGAAAAUAAUAAAAACAAUAUUUUGACAUUUUCAUUGUUUCCUAAAAGUGGACACAAUUAUUCACUUGAAGACUUCAGUAUAUCCUUAUUAGCAAGUAAAAUUAACACUAAUAUUAGAAAAUGAAAAUAGAAAACAUUUUCACAAAGUAAAUGAGACCUUAGUUGUCUUUACACAUAGUCACAUACUAAGUAGCAAUUGAUUGGACUUCAUUUUCAUUUAGACAAUAUGCAGGCUCCAUAUAGGAUUUACUAGAAUGACACUGUAGAGUGAUAUAAUUCAAUUCUAGUCUAAUUACUCAAACAUGAUACAGUAUAGAUUAAGAACAAAUAACAUAAUGUGUUGAGUGAGCUAUAAUUUGAUGAUAAUAUGUGAUUUGACAUAAGAGAUUUAAUUAGAGUGACAUAAAGAACAUAUAAAAAAUAAAUAUAGAUAUGGACGAUUCAGUAAUUCACAUAAAUGUUUUUCUAUAUUAAAAUUUGAAAUCUGACACGCAACUUAUUUUUUAAAUGUAUAAAAUGAGCUGUACAAUUUGGAUAGAAAAACAUUUAAAUAUAAUAUCAACUUAAAUAUAAUAUCAAGUUAUCAACACAUGUGAGUAGCUAGCUAUAUAUUACUUUAGUUUCUGCAGAUUUAGAAAUAUUAUUGUUGAGUCAAGUAAAGGCUUCUAGUGAUGCUGUAGUAAUGUUAGCAUUUCUUUAAGAGGUUCGAUUCGAUUAUUAUGUGCUGCACAUAAAAAUAUGUUAUCUAAGCAUUAUAAUACUCCCUCAUUGUUCACGAGUUCAUUAAGAUCAACUACUACUUUAUCAUGUUGGACUCAUUUUACAAUCUAUAAAUAACAUUCUAAAUCUUGGCAUUCAUUUUCAAGUUUCAACCAAUUAGUACCAAUCAUCCCCUAAACUAAAACAAUAUUUGCUUCUCUCCUUUCUUUUUCCUUCUAUCCAUUUUCGGAUUUCGAACUAUCAAAAAUCUUUCACUUAACCGGAGAGAAAUGGACGUUCACCAGCAAAGCGUGAACGCCAUCAUACGUUCUGAUCCCUCCGGCAAAUCUUCAAAAACGAAGAAGCAAAAGCAGGAUUCACAGUCACAACCUUCACUGUACUUAGCAAAUGCAGUUUUCUUCGUUCUCUUCUUCUCGGUUGCAUACUUUCUUCUUCAACGGUGGCGUGAGAAGAUCCGAACCUCUACACCUCUCCACGUCCUCACAAUCUCUGAGAUGGUUGCUGUUGUUUCCCUCAUUGCUUCCUUUAUCUACCUUAUGGCUUUCUUCGGCAUUGCCUUUAUCCUUAAUCCCAUUUCCAUUCUUGAAGAAGAAGAUGAUGAAGCCGUCAUUGAAAAAUACUCCGGUUCAUGCCUCGCCGGAGUGUCUCCCAAGCUACCUCCGCUGCCACCGAAAAUCUUAGCCGAAAAAGUUGCUCCAGCACCAGUGCUCCUUUCCAUGGAAGACGAGGAAGUUGUCGGUGCAGUGGUAUCAGGAUCAAUUCCAUCUUACUCGCUUGAAUCGAAGCUCGGAGAUUGCAAACGUGCAGCAGCUAUUCGGAACCAAGCAGUGGAGAGAGUGACCGGAAGGUCACUUGAGGGUUUACCAAUGGAAGGUUUUGAUUACGAUUCUAUAUUAGGACAGUGUUGUGAGAUGCCGAUAGGUUUUGUUCAGAUUCCGGUGGGAGUUGCUGGUCCUUUGUUGCUCGACGAGAAUGAGUACACGGUUCCAAUGGCAACGACUGAAGGUUGUUUGGUUGCAAGUACUAACAGAGGCUGUAAAGCUAUUUAUGUUUCUGGUGGUGCUUCCGCCGUUGUCCUCCGUGAUGGCAUGACUAGAGCCCCCGUUGUUAGAUUCAACUCCGCCAAAAGAGCUUCUCAGUUAAAGUUCUUUUUAGAAGAUCCUCAAAGUUUUGAUUCCCUCUCUCACACUUUCAACAAGUCAAGUAGAUUUGCAAGAUUACAGAGCAUUAAAGCUAAUAUGGCAGGAAAGAAUUUAUACAUUAGAUUCACUUGUUCAACUGGUGAUGCAAUGGGGAUGAACAUGGUGUCAAAAGGUGUACAAAACGUACUUGAUUUUCUUCAAAAUGAUUUUCCUGAUAUGGAAGUUAUCGGUAUAUCAGGAAAUUUUUGUUCGGACAAGAAAGCUGCGGCAGUGAAUUGGAUUGAAGGGAGAGGAAAAUCUGUUGUGUGUGAGGCUGUGAUUAAGGAAGAGGUGGUGAAGAAAGUGUUGAAGACUAGUGUUGAGUCUUUGGUUGAGCUUAACAUGCUCAAAAACCUUACUGGUUCUGCCAUGGCUGGUGCACUUGGCGGAUUCAAUGCACAUGCUAGUAAUAUUGUUUCUGCUAUUUACUUGGCUACAGGUCAAGAUCCUGCUCAGGAUGUUGAGAGUUCUCAUUGUAUGACGAUGAUGGAAGCUGUUAAUGAUGGCAAAGAUCUUCAUGUCUCUGUCACUAUGCCUUGCAUUGAGGUGGGCACAGUAGGAGGGGGCACACAACUUGCAUCACAAUCAGCUUGUUUGAAUUUACUCGGUGUUAAGGGUGCUAGUAAAGAGACACCAGGAGCAAAUUCUAGGAAACUUGCAACUAUUGUAGCUGGUUCGGUCCUUGCCGGAGAACUCUCACUGAUGUCUGCAAUUGCAGCUGGGCAGCUUGUUAAGAGCCACAUGAAAUACAACAGAUCUAGCAAAGAUGUCACCAAAGUUGCAUCAUGACUCAUGAGCUAGCCAUUUGACAAUGCCAUAACUGAUGUCAUAAACUUGCAUGUAUUGUAAAAGACUGCAAAAACAUUUGAUAUAUUCUGACACAUGUUUAAAUUUGCAAUUCUCUGCAUCAUGAUUUGUUGCUGUUUCAUGAUUUGCUUCCUUGUUAAUUAUUAUAUAUAAAACAUGAAUAUUAGUUAUUGCUGCUUAAACAAGUCAGUUUGAACAAACACUUUCUUC